UCUUCCCGGACCCUGCAUUCACUAUAUCUGGUCUCCCAGGACCCUGCAUUCACUAUAUCUGGUCUCCCCAGACCCUGCAUUCACUAUAUCCAGUCUCCCUGGACCCUGCAUUCACUAUAUCUGCUCUCCCUGGACCCUGCAUUCACUAUAUCUGGUCUUCCCGGACCCUGCAUUCACUAUAUCUGGUCUCCCCAGACCCUGCAUUCACUAUAUCUGGUCUCCCCAGACCCUGCAUUCACUAUAUCCGCUCUCCCCGGACCCUGCAUUCACUAUAUCCGCUCUCCCUGGACCCUGCAUUCACUAUAUCCACUCUCCCUGGACCCUGCAUUCACUAUAUCUGGUCUGCCACAGACCCUGCAUUCACUAUAUCUGGUCUUCCACAGUACACAGAAU